GCCGAAAAACAAGGUCCAAGCUCGGGGCCAACCUUUGACUCUGAGAUUUUAUGUUUUUGUGUAUUAUCGGCUGGAGGGCUGACUGAUCAUUAACGCGAAUAGACCCGAGUAGAAACGCAAGGUCACGAUGGCCCACCCACUCUCCUCCCACCGUCGCUGCCCUUCAACUUUAUAGUUGAAAAGCUCUGUGGUGUAACCACUCUCGCUCUCUCUCUCGGUGUGUCCCAACCCGUCCUUCCUCCCUCUCCCCGGCUCAGCACCGCAGAGGCAGACUCGUCGGGACGCACGCUGACGCUGGCCAUGGCGCAGAGGGGCGACGGAGCGGGCAGAGGGGGCGAGGGGGCCGGGGGGCAGGUGGCGGCGGGAGUCGGGGGCCCGAUCCCCACGCCCGUGGCUGACCCCCAGAUGAAGUACACGCAGUUGUUCAUCAACAACGAGUGGCAGGAAGCCGCGAGCGGUCGGAAAUUCGACGUCAUCAACCCCAGCACUGGACAGCUCCUGUGCUCUGUCUCGGAGGCCGACGAGGAGGACGUGGACCGCGCGGUGCGGGCGGCGCGGGCCGCGUUCCGCCUGGGCUCGCCGUGGCGCCGCAUGGACGCGUCGGCGCGGGGCCGGCUCCUCGCUCGCCUCGCCGACCUGGUGGAGCGCGACCGCGCCCUGCUCGCGACGCUGGAGUGCCUGGACGCGGGGAAGCCGUUCCUCACGACCUACUCUGUCGACUUGGACGGGGCCAUCAGGACGCUGCGCUACUACGCAGGCUGGGCGGACAAAGUGCAGGGACGUACGGUGCCCGUUGACGGAGACUUCAUUUCGUACACGCGGCACGAGCCCAUCGGAGUCUGUGGGCAGAUCAUCCCGUGGAACUUUCCUCUGCUGAUGCUGGCCUGGAAGCUGGCCCCGGCUCUGUGCUGCGGCAACACCGUGGUCGUCAAGCCGGCCGAGCAGACCCCGCUGAGCGCCCUCCACGUGUGCUCGCUCGUCCUCGAGGCUGGGUUCCCGCCGGGCGUCGUCAACAUGCUGCCGGGGUUCGGGCCGACUGCCGGCGCCGCGAUCGCUCGGCACAUGGACGUGGACAAAGUGGCCUUCACCGGCUCCACCGAGGUGGGGAAGCUGAUCCAGCAGGCUGCGGGCGCCAGCAACCUCAAGCGCGUGACCCUGGAGCUGGGCGGGAAGAGCCCCAACAUCGUGUUUGCCGACGCGGACCUGGACCUGGCGGUGGAGCAGGCCCACCAGGGCUCCUUCUUCAACCAGGGCCAGUGCUGCACGGCGGGCUCGCGCGUCUUCGUGCAGGCCCCCGUUUACGACGAGUUCGUGCGCCGCACGGUGGAGCGCGCGCGGCGCCGCGCCCUCGGAGACCCCCUCCGGCCCGGCACCGAUCAGGGCCCGCAGGUGGACCAGACGCAGUUCGACAAGGUGCUGGAGCUGGUGGAGAGCGGCAAGACGGAGGGGGCGCGCGUGGCGUGCGGGGGCGGCGCGGACACCGCGGCUGGGGCGCUCUUCAUCCAGCCCACCGUCUUCACCGACGUGCAGGACCACAUGCGCAUCGUCACGGAGGAGAUCUUCGGGCCGGUGCAGAUGAUCCUCAAGUUCGAUACGGUGGAGGAGGUGCUGGAGCGGGCUAACAACACGAGGUAUGGCCUCGCCGCAGCCGUCUUCACCCGCGACCUCGACACGGCCCUCACGCUCGCCGCGGGGCUGCAGGCCGGCACCGUCUGGGUGAACUGCUACAACGUGAUCCAGGCGCAGACCGCCUUCGGCGGAUUCAAGAUGUCGGGAAACGGCCGGGAGAUGGGCGAGUACGGGCUGCAGGAGUACACGGAGGUGAAGACGGUGACCAUCAGGGUCCCGACGAAGAGCUCCUAAACACUCGAGGCCGCGGGCUGCCGCACGGUGGAGGAGGUGGCGGGGGAGGGGGGCGAUACCCGCUGGCCCAGAAAUCGUGCAAUGUCGAGCCGACGUCGGGCUAAGGUUGGGCCAACGGUUACAGCCCCGUACGGACGUUGGCCCAACUUUAGCAAGUUUCAUAAUUAGUUUUGUUUCUGUUUUGGGUUAGAUGUUUUUAAGCUAGCCCGCCACCGCCCGACGGCGGUGCCAGUCACGGGGUGGGCAACGUGCCAACUGAUUUUGGGUUUUCCAACAAAACACGGACGCUGACGAGGCAGAACGUGGAACAGCCCAGGCGAGACUUUUGAAAUGUUUCGUCCGACGUUUCACUGGAGAUUGCGCCUGUCGCGAGAGCUGAGCGCCCGCUAGCAACCUGAUGAUGCUGGAUGUAACCUCCAGCUAAACUUUGGGCAAAAUCGGCAACGUUUUUGUUGACGUUCUAAAUUCUACGGCGGGAUGUUCUGAUUAAUAAUUGGUUUAAAGUUCUGUUGUCGUGUAAAUAAAAUGUUGCGUCAUAAACCUUCUGCCACCCGACGCAGCCAACGAAUAAAAGUGCCCACGUGAAUAGACACGUGGCCCGAUGUAUCGCUGCUUCAGCAGCAGCAGCACCAGCAGGGGCGUUGUUGUUGUUGUUGAGUCUCGCAACAUUUGCGUGGACUACAUCCAGCAUCCUCAGGUUGUCAACAGGAACUCGGAUCGCGAGUGAAGGUGCUUCCUGAUGUGGGUCGGCAAGGAGAUAAAAGUAGUCGCGUGGUGGUGCCGUGUGGUGGAGGCGGUGGUGCCGUGUGGUGGAGGUGGUGGUGCCGUGUGGUGGAGGUGGUGGUGCCGUGUGGUGGAGGUGGUGGUGCCGUGUGGUGGAGGUGGU